CAUACAUAUACAUAUAUAUAUGCUCCUUUCUCUUUCUAUAUUCUCUAUAUGAAUAGAUUAUGAGGAGUUGUAAAAUUUUAUAAAAGAUAUAUUGUUUCGUGUGAGCCAAGUGCAGGGAAGCUUACGUGAGGGAGGUUUGGACUAUGGGUGUGUAGAAGUGGUCGUGGAAUGCACUUGGUCAUACAAGCAAGGUGAUGAAGAGGAAGGGGCUGAGAUCUAAGAUGUUUAGGGAGUGGUUCGGGAGAAAGAAUGAAGAAGACAAGGAUCAGCGAUCGGAUAGCUGGGAGGAAUUGAUGGAUGAUGGAUGUGGUAUGGCUCAAGAGACGGGUUCUUGCACUUCAAGUGCUGAAUUAAGGAUAUUCGUGGGGACUUGGAAUGUCGGGGGAAGAUCUCCAUUGGGAAGCCUAGCAGUGGAUCUAGACGAGUGGCUGAAUUUGAAGAAUGGGGCUGAUAUGUAUGUUCUCGGGUUUCAAGAGAUCGUACCUUUAAAGACGAGGAAUGUUAUUGGUUUGGAAAACAAGAAGGAAGAGCGUAACUGGAAUCUGCUGAUAGGAAAGGCUCUCAACUACAGAUACGGUUGUCCAUGGCUGACUCCGAGGCUGACUCACAACAUCUCAAGUAGUCCGAGAGCAGGAAACCUGAAACGAGAGAGAUCAAGAACACGGGAUGAGAAUCUUUUGGUAGAGAGCAAAUACAAACUACUGGCAAGCAAGAAGAUGGUAGGCGUAUUUUUAAGCGUGUGGAUAAGGAAUGAAGUGUUAAGAAGGUUUCAGGUGUCGGAUUUGAGGUUCUGUUCAGUGGCUUGUGGUCUCAUGGGCUGUCUUGGAAACAAAGGCUCUGUCUCCAUCAGCAUGUCGAUAGAAGGGACACGUUUUUGCUUCAUCGCUGCACAUUUGGCUUCGGGGGAGAAGAAGGGUGAUGAAGGAAGAAGGAACAACCAGGUUUUGGAGAUUUUCCGGAGAACUCGUUUUCCCAAAUCCUCAAAAGGUGACAGGGGAUCUCUCACCAUCUUGGGACACGACCGAAUAUUUUGGUUCGGGGACCUAAACUACAGGUUAUGCUUGGACGACGAUUUAGCAAGACGCCUAGUACAGAAGCAAGAUUGGAAAGCAUUGCAACGGUUUGAUCAGCUACGAGAAGAACAAGGAGAAGGUGGAGUUUUCCAAGGAUGGAAGGAAGGGGGCAUAGAGUUUCCUCCGACCUACAAGUAUUGUUCCUCAAAUUUCGACAGAUACUCAGGUGGAGUUGCAAGCCGAGUAGGAGAGAAACAAAGAACCCCGGCAUGGUGCGACAGAAUCCUAUGUUAUGGGAAAGGUCUGAAACAGCUCUCCUAUUCUCGAAGUGAAAGUCGGUUUUCUGAUCAUCGACCCGUGUAUGCACUAUUCUCUACACAUAUAGAAGUCCUAGAUCACAAGAAACCAAGUGUUACCCCCUUCGCAGAAUAUGCUUCCUGACAUUGCAGCUCUUAGAGAAACACUCUCCAAACAACCCGGACAUUGUUUCAGGAUGGUAAAGAAUGGCUGCUACAGGCUGACCCAACUGAAAGCCGGACAACCAGGAAAGGGGAGCACAUAUGUACAAGUGCCAACUAUUUCCUGUACAUGGACACUAGUGAAGAGGACUAUAAAGUUGACAUUACGCUGUACAUCCACUUUUUCACCACCAGAUAUGCCCAUAGAAACAAGGGUAUGAAGUUCCAAGCCCUUUUGGUUCUAAUAUCUUGAUGACAUUUGAGAAACAUAGAUUGCUAGAAACAUCGAAAGCAAAAUAGCUUGGAAAAAGUUAACUUACUUGAUCUUCCUGAAGAAGUUUGCUCAAAGCUUCUAAGUUUUCAGUUUGGCAACGUGGGCAUCUGCAUUUCUUUUGCAGCUCCUCACUGAGUGAAGCGAGCCUCUGUUCCAAGUCGGAAGUCUGCUUGUUAAAGGUCAAGGAAACAUCAAGUCUUAAUAGUUUUUUUCUAACAAGUCAAAGCUACAUGUCCUGUUUUGACCUAAUUAACACUUUUUAACAAACUCCAGUUGGGAAUUACGUGUGAUCAUUCAUGUUCAGUGUAGUAUAUCAAUGAAAUGUUCACAAUGACAUCUUGUAAGAUCUGUGAUUCA